UCGUGAAUGCUCUUUGUUUCAGUAGGCGUUCUAAUUUCUAAAACGCCAACAACAAAAUGAGGACGGUGUUGUCCCGACUACCUUGCUGUAUAAGCUUUCUUAUACUGGCCCUCUGUGUGUCCAACAAUGGAGUUGUUGGCUCCAGAUUGUCCAGGCGUCACCAUGACACAGUGAGACACAUGAGUGUGGAGGUGGAAGAUUCUCCCUUUGACGAUUUCCCGUUCAGAAAUACCAGCUUGCCGUGGGACGAACGUGUUGAUGAUCUGGUGUCCAGGCUGACUCUGCAGGAGGUCAUGGUUCAGAUGUCCCGAGGUGGGGCUGGAGAGUUUGGAGGUCCAGCCCCUGCUAUACCCAGAUUGGGCAUUGGAGCCUACAACUGGGACACCGAGUGUCUGAGGGGAGACUCGGAUGCUGUCGAAAACGCCACGGGAUUUCCCCAAGCUAUUGGUCUGGCUGCCACGUUUAGUCCGGACAUUAUCUUGAGCGUGGCCACCGCCACAGGCCAGGAGGUGAGAGCCAAACACAACGACUUUGUGAAACGAGGAAUCUUUGCCACCCACACCAGCGCUAGCUGCUUCAGUCCAGUGAUCAACAUCAUGAGAGACCCACGGUGGGGCCGGAACCAGGAGACGUAUGGCGAAGACCCUUACAUGACUGGAGUCUUGGCACAAAACUUUGUCAGGGGUCUCCAAGGUAGGCUAAAAAUUGUGAAAUGGAAUUGUAUCCAUUUCUAUGACGGUGGACUUGUGUCAGACACAGACUGGAGAAUGACAUUUUUGCCCGCCUUCAAGAAAUGUGUCGAGGCUGGUACCUACAGCAUCAUGUGCAGUUACAACAGCAUGAUUGUAUCUUCAUAUCAGAUCAUAGGGCCAAUGGCUGACAACGCCACACAAUUGUUCGGAGACUACGCCCCAAACCAGGAUCCAUCUUUCACCCAAACGCCCCUGGACGGCCUGAGGUCUCUGUAUCCUGACAUCAAAUACGGAGAAGUGUGCAACGACGGCACACCGUGCACAGAGUACAACAAGGGCGCCGUGCCUGGUAUUGUCAGCGACAAAGAGCUCGUCUUUGUUGCUCUGGGCACAGGUGGCUCUGCCCAGAUCAUCCUGCUUCUCUUCUCGGCCAGCCCUCUCAACAUUACAUUUGCCGACGAGUCUGACCGUGUGGCAGCCAUCAUGGAAUGUUUCUUUCCCGCUCAGGCCACAGGCGAGGCUCUGUAUAACGUACUGACCAACAAUGGCCAGUAUUCUUCCCCGGCAGGCAGACUGCCCAGCACUUGGCCCUUGUACAGUUCUCAGAUUCCACCAAUGGUCAAUUAUUCCAUGGAGGGAAGAACUUAUCGCUACUUCAAAGGAGAUCCUUUGUACCCGUUCGGCUACGGCCUCUCCUACACCCAAUUCCUGUACGCCGACAUGACGUAUUUCAAGAACGUCAAAGCAGGAAAUGACCUUGACCUGCAGCUUGCUGUUACGAAUGUUGGGCCUAUUGAUGGCGAAGAAGUAGUCCAGUGCUACAUCAGCUGGGUCGACAAGUCCUUGCCCGUCCCCCAGUUGCAGCUGGCUUACUUUACUCGUGUCUUCAUCCCAUCCCAGCAAACGAGGAUGUUGUCUAUAACCAUCUCUGGAGAGUCCAUGGCUUUCUGGCGAGAUGGACAAUGGAUCGUUGAGCUUGGUGAUAUGUAUCUGUACUGUGGGGGUCAACAACCUUACCAGAAGAGAAGGGCGCCUUCCAACGUGCUCUCUGAUUCCUUCACCAUCAUUAGCCGUACUGAAUAGUCCCCACAUUAUUUCACGAGAGUUAAAAAUUAAUGCUUAUUAUUGUUCCUUAGU